GGGAGGCGGCGCAGGCGCAGAGCGGUGCGGCGGAUGGCGAAGCGCGGGUGAGACGCUCGGUGCGAGGCAGACACGCGGAGCGGCAGGUCGCGGGCAGGUUGCUGUGUGUACUGGGAUAGAGGCUCUUUUUGCAGUAACCCUAUCGUAACAGAUUCUUGAAUACUGUCGUCACCUAUAUGGAGUAUUUCCUGCAAGGAUAACCUUUGCUUCAGAUUACUAGUCGCCUUGUGUGGUUCGAAGGGAGGUGAUCACUUUGCCAUUUCCACGUUUGAGAGAUGUCGAAGCCAGCAGGUUCAAAGUCCAGGUCGCAAUCAUCCCACUCAAGGUCCCGCUCUCGGUCCCGAUCCCGAUCUUUUACUAGAUCUCGCACACGUUCUCGUUCACGGUCUCACUCAAGAAAACGGAAGUACAGCCCCAGGUCUCGUUCCAGGUCCUAUUCUCCAACUCAUAACCGGGAGAGGAAUUACCCGCGAGAGUACCAGCCUCGGGAGUUCAGAGGCCACCGUGGCUACAGGCGGCCCUUCAUCCAGCGUCGUGGGCGAGGCUACUACCCCCGGGGCAACUGGAACAACCGUGGGGGCUACGGCAACUACGGCAAUUACAACCAUUACGGCAACUACCGGCCCAACUGGCACAACUACCGCUCGACCUACAGUCCCCGGAGGGGCCGAUCCCGCUCUCGCUCUCCCAAGCGGAGGUCGGCGUCGCCAAGGUCCAGGAGCCGCUCCAGGUAUACUGACAAGUCAUCGUCCAGCAGGUCGGGCAGGUCAUCGUCAUCCAGGUCCCGCUCCUCUCCUCACCGCAGUCGCUCGGCCUCGCCAAAGCGGCGGAGCAAGAAAAAUAAAUCUGCCCAGAAGGAGGCGGCUGCCUCUCAGCCGCCCAGCCAGGAGCCCGAAGACCAGCAGAAGAGGUCACCCGAGGACGGGCAGGCUGGCAACGGUGGCACAGAGACUCCCACUGGUCUGCCCCCCAAACGUGGCGACUCCUGGAAAGGUCUGACUGCCUACGACGCCAGCCCCAAGCAUCCCAGCCCUGCCCCGCGCUCCACGGUGGUGCUGAAGACCAGUUCUCCCGUGCAUUCCAGCCCCAGCCAGCAGAGCCCUCCACAGUCGAGCGUGGUCCGCCACACUUCGCCUCAUGGGAGCCCCUCGCAGAUGAGUCCUCAGGGCCGUAGCCCCAGCAGGCUGAAUACCUCUCACCAGAGCCCUCCGUCUAUCAGCUCUACAAUUCGUAGCCUGCCUCGUCAAAUCUCGGCCAACCACAGCCCGCCGCAGAGGAGUCCACCGCUGACCGGUCUCCCACAGGGCAUUGCACAGAAAGAGGAAAUGCGGCCAGGAAUAUCUGGCCUAUUUCCGGAGCAGCCGGCCCCAACCAUCCCUUCAUAUCUAAAGAGGUAUGUUCCAAAAAGUGUGGUGAAAACGGAAUUCCAUGUGAAAAAUAUUCCAGAGAAGGGCAACCGUAGCAGCCAAUCCCCAAAACGAUUCAAGGGUGGAGUUGCAGAGGAUUUUGAAAAAGUGUCGAAAGCAGAGAUGCGUCACAAAUUUAGUUAUGAUGAAGAGGAAGUGGAGGAUCAUACUAAAGAAUACCUGUCCAAGAACCAAAAGGAAUAUGGAUAUGAGGAUGAGCCCAGGUACCGGAGCAAAUUAAUCGCAAAUAAAACUCAGGAGAGAUAUGACGAGGAAGAUGAGGAGGAGGAGGAAGAAGAUGAGAGUGCUAGGUCACGCAAACGGGAAGAAGUGAAUUUCUUUAAGCAGAUUGCCAUCUCCAAGGAAAAGUUUAGGGAGGUGGAUAAUGUGGAGGAUGAGGAAAUGAUACCUGAGAGAUUUAAAAAAGAGGACCGUUUUCAAACCAAGAAAGUAGAUGGGAACAGAUACCGGGAGGUAUCGCCCAUGAAAACAUCAAAGUAUAAGUCAGGCCGAGCAGAAAGUCCUCUUCCUGCAAGGAAGAGCACUGAGGCCAAAGAGCAGGAAGAUGUCACUGCUCUGGAGGAGAGCUCCUCAGUGCUCAAACCAGCUCAUCGUCCGACAGAGGUGACACUGAAAAUGGAUUCCUUGCAGUUUGGCGAUGAUGUUCUCGGCUCUGCCAACGUCCUGACCCAUGAACGACGGCUCUGUCGUGACCUUGUUCACAAACCCAAAAAAGAUCAAGAGUUCCGUUCCAUCUUCCAACAUAUUCAGAUGGCCCAGACUCGCCGUAGCCCUUCAGAACUGUUUGCUCAGCACAUUGUGACAUUGGUUCACCACGUGAAAGAGCAUUACUUCAAAUCAGCAGCAGUUACAUUAAAUGAACGCUUUACAAUGUACCAAAGGAGAACAGCUGAGCAGGAGGUUCCCAGGCAGAAGAGCCCAGAAAUUCAUAGGCGGAUUGAUAUAUCACCCAGUGCUCUAAAGAAACGCAUGCAUCUCCGUGAUGACAUAAAGAAUCCGAAGGAAAGCAGUUAUAAGGGAGAAGGAAAAUUAAGGGAUGAAAUGGAUGACCUUCGCCAAGAUAUUGAGCAACGUAGAAAAUAUAAAAGCAAGGAAGGAGAGCAUAAAAAGGAUAGUUCCAAAGACUCAAGGGAUUCAAGUCAUUCACGUGAGCGCUCAAAGGAAAAAUCUGGAAAAGUUGCUAAAGCUUACAAGGAAUCGAAAAAGCCAAGGAAGCGCAAGAAAGCCAGAGCAAGGUCCAGCUCUUCAAGCUCCUCAUCUUCUUCCUCUUCCCCGGGGCACGAGGCAAAAGAAGAAAGAGAAGAGGGGGCAGGCCGGGAAGAACCCACUCCUGGCUUUAACAAAGCUCGCCUUGGGACAAGAGAGUUCACCGGCCCACCGACUCGAGGCCGAGCACGUGGAGUUUUUCAGUUCAGAAUAAGAGGAAGAGGAUAUGGCAGGGGAGCGUUUCCUGGUCCCAGCAAUAGCAGUAACCCAGGUAACACAACCUUCCAAAAGCGACCCCGUGAAGAGGACUGGGAUCCCGAGUACACGCCAAAAAGCAAAAAGUACUAUCUGCAUGAUGACCGUGAGGGAGAAGGAGACAACUACUGGGCAAACAAAAGGGGUCGCGGAGCUUUCCAGCGAGGCAGAGGUCGUUUCCUGUACAAAAAGUCCAACACCAGCCCCAAGUGGACACAUGACAAGUAUCAAGGCAGUGGACAGGAAGGCGUAGAGGAGGAAGAGGAAGAGGAGGAGGAGGAUGGGCAAAUUGCUGGCAUUGCCACCCAGGAAGAGAAAAAUAUGGGUGCGUUGGAACAGUAGAGGUGAAAGGACUGGGCCUAUCUCAUGGCAACAGUACAUUGAUUUGAGUAUAGAAGCUGAUCACUAGGAUCAGAGGAGAUUUCUUCAUCCAGAUCUCUAUAGGGUUUACAGUGUAGUAGGUUAUUUGUUUUGGUGGGGGUAAGGGUAUAGGACCCUUUUGAGAUUGAAAGGACCAAAAACAUCUUGUCUUUAAUGCAACUUACUAUAUAAAGUGCGGUGCGGGCGUCGUACCUGUGUCGUAAUACCACACGAGUCGACAUCGAUAACGCCACAGGUUGCCCUGGGGCUGUGAUUUCCCCACCCCCGUGUAUUUAGAGACAUUAAAACAAUAUAUAAGAGUGCAUGUUGAUGCGACUUGUGCAGAUCGACUUUGCAAGCCUUCCUGAGCUACUGGGUUCAGUUUGUGAUAGGAAACUGCUUCAAAAAAAUGUGAACUGACAAGGGAAGGAGAAAAUGAGUACUCCCUUCACAAGUCGCACUCUGCAAUCUAGAAGAAAUUUCUUCCCAAAUUGUUGUUUUUCUGAGCCCCCGAUAUUGCCGCAUGCUUAUUUUAUCAUUAUGGGUUUUAAAACACUUUCACUUUUGAAGCCAGCUUUAUAGUGGUACAUGUUUCAAGGAUUCUCCUUCAUUUCCUUUCACUAGUUCCUUUUGCAAUCUGCACAUCUCCAUAUUUGGUUACGACGCUUGGCUUAUGCUUUAUUACCGAUGUGAUUGACGGCGAGAGUGGUUUCUAUAUUUUUUUGAUUUUGUUUUUUUAAAUAAGCAACUAGCUGUUCUUCAUGGGCCUAAUUCGCUGUUUGUUUGUAGUGUUGAUCAAAAGGUGUGAACCAGCUGUGAAUUUGUUCUGAUAGUUCAGGUAUGAAAUGGUCCGAGUCAACAAACUUAAUGCCCAGAAGGAUCACUUUAAACCCAUGUGCUCGGCCCCAAUCUUCUACCCCCCCCCCCUCCCAGCUUGCCAACAGCAAUAGUCUAAAUUGAAACAUUACAUUUUAGAUUGUGAGUUUGAGACGGCUCAAUGAGUGUAUUCAUUGAGCUGGUUCCUGGCCAGUGCUGCCAUUGCUGUGGCCUCUAUUUCUUGUUUUAUCACUGUGCUCAGUGGAAGGGAUCCAGCCAGUAUUUCUGUUCUUGAUCACAUUACACUGCCUCUGCCUAAGAGGCUAUGUAUUUAAAUGCUGCUUAAGAACUGCGUUGAUCAUGAGCAAAGAACUGGAGAAGGGGUAAGGGUGAGAGAGGUGGGAGAAAAAUCACUUGAAAAGGGAAGAAAGGUUUUAACUUGGCUCCGAGCAUUAUUUGUGCCAGCUUAUAAUAUUUGGCAAGGCCUUUUUUUUUUUUUCUCCCUCUAUCCCUCCCUCCCUUCCUCUGGCCACGGUUAGCAAAUAUCAUUGGAAUGGUUUGUGAGAGGCUGGACAAGGAAUAGGAACUGAGAUUCAAAUUAAUGGGGAGAUUCAACUGUUCUCAAAGAAUUCUUUAAAUUUAACAGAUCUGCAAAAAAAUAUUUACCUGAAGCAAAAGAUGUCAAUUAAUUUAGUUUGCUCAUUUCUGGCAAAAAUUUGAGGUGGUGCUGAUUGGAAUUGUGGAGUAUUGGAUCAAUGGGAGUGCUUGCAAGAGGACUCUUGCUGUGCAGAUCUGCCGUUUGAAAUACAGUUCGAUUGUCCAUGUAGGCAAGUAGUCUACAUUCUGUGAUACCUCCUCCAUAAAUGGUCCCAUUAAAACUUGAGCCUACGGGCAACAACCCCCCUCCCCCAGAUUAUGGCAUGGCUUCAGACUUGUGUUACCUGGUCACUAUCCACCAUUCUUCUGUCCCAAUUUCCUGCCGCCACCCCCAAAAAUUGGGAAUUUCCCAACUUGGAAAUUGGGCGCAAUACACAUAUUAAUAAAGAAUGGAUUUAAGUUCCUUUUGAUUUUUUUAUUUGUUAUUGGGAGAUUCUUUCGUCAUCUGACUUUAAAUGUUGAGUCACUUGUUGCUUUAGACCUUGAAAUUAAUGUUAUUGAACAGACAUUGGUUAAACAUUUAAGUACAUUUUAUAUUGACAAUCAGCUGUCUCACCUCUACUCUGUGCCUAACCCCCAUUCUCUAUUGCAUCUUGCUUAAUCCCUUUAUUUUGUACCUUUUUAUGUAUGUAUCAAAAAAUUAUUAAAAAAGUGACAUAUGCUCUCGGCUGCAGGAAGUAUGUUGAAUUUUUUUUUAUACAUAGAAGUAAAUAGUUGUGAGGGGAGGGGAACAUGAAAUGGGAGGAGUAUGACGGCUGCACUAUUUUUGUAAUAUUUUGCUGACUACCUUAUCACUAAGAUUCGUUAAAAGUCACUCUUGUCCAGAAUUUAACCUGAUUUGUAUCUCUCCAGUUAUUUGUGUUCAGUUUUGUUACUGUGGUCUCGUCCCUAGUCUAAAAUGGCAUUCUGUCAUUAAAUUUAGUCCCCCUGACUCUCCCUCAAACUGUGAUUUUGCUGAGGUUCAAAGCAUUGUGUUAAAUUUUAAUUAAACUUCUGUGCCAGCGUCA